CUGAUGAUGGGUGGGUGGCAUCACCACUGUCUGAGGAGCCCCUCGGCGGGAUGGAUGAACUCCAGUGGGGCGUCCUGGGUAUACCUGUCUUUGACUGCCUCUGUGGUGUGGGGUUCCUCCUUCUAUCUUUGUGCUAUCUGAAGACAAAUGCAUGCUCCCCAGUAUUUUGUAAUCAGGGAGAACGCCAUCAAGGUCUCCCUGAGUAGCACGGGGUGUCUUCAAACUCACCCGGGCUGGCCAUGGCAAUCCUCCUGCUUCAGCCUCUCGAGUGCUGGGAUUUCAGCAACAUGGGAGAUCCAAGAGGAGGAGGAGAGGUACAACACUUAAAGGUCAGAAAAUUUGGCAAAGAGAAGCAGAGGAGGGGAGGAAGUUGCUUUCUGUUCUCAGGAGCCCCCUGGGUCAGUGUUAUGACACCACACGCUUUCGACAACUGCUGUGUCCGGACCCGCUCUGUGAGGUACCUCCAGGCACCCUCACACCUGCUGAAGACACUGGGAUCAGAGACCUGACUGUCCUACGUGAAGAGAUACUCCUUCAGCAUUUCAUAAAGGAAAAACUGCCUACAAAAGAAAAUUCAGCCUAACAGCCUCUGAGGGGACAGUAGUACAUUCUCUGACAAGAGCCCUCAGCACAGUCAGUAACACAGAUAGGAAGAGCUCUCGUGAUGGAGAUUAGGUCUCUAGAGCAAAAUAAAAAGCAAAUCUUCCUUCUGAGAACGAGAGUUGAGCUUUCUGUGUUCUGCACAGGAAGUGUCAUUUUUGGGAACACCAAAUAUGUUUUUGGGAAAAGAAGGAUUUACAUUAGUUAUUCAAAGCUAUUUACUUUAUUUCACUGCUAAAACAUGACCAGUUCCUCAUAGGGAGCUUGACAGUGAUCUGCUCAGCUUUAUUUUGGGGUCCUGAUUUCACCAUUCUCAAAUAUUCUUCACUUAAAACAUCUUAUAUUUUCAUAAAAGUUUUUUGUUUAUUUGAAAAGCUCUCAAGCCUCUUGAAAAGUAGAAAAAUUUGUAAAAUCUAGAACUUAGCUGAGAUGUCAUUUAUUUAAAACACUAUUUUUAUAAAAGAUUUUUUUCACUUUUUUACUAGUAUAUUUGCUGCAUAUAAUGAUUACAUUCCUUCUGAGGAGUUGGUAUACAUGUGCAUAAACCUUUUAAUUAUUUUUUAUUCCCUACCCGCCUACUCCCAUGUCCCUUUUCUUGGUUUCCUCCCCAUUUGCAAAAAGAUCUGUUCCCUAUUUCCUACUUUCCAUCUUUUAUUUUGCUCCUUAUUUAUAUUUUGGGUUUUCUACAUUAGAGAAACCAUGUGAUACUGAAGCUUUAUUUCACUUACAAUUAUGUUCUCAAGGUGCAGCCAUUUCCCACAUAUAACCCAGGUUUAUCCUCCUUUGUGGCAGAGUAGUGCCCCAUUGUGUGCUGCACAUUUCUGUAUCCACUCCUCUGUCGAUGAACAUAUUCGCCACUUCCAGGAGUCAGCUACUGUGAAUGGCUGCUAGAACAUGGGUAUUCAUGGAUCGCUGUAAUGUGGCGUCCUCCAUUGUUUCAGGAAGACAGCCAGAAGGCAAAUAGGGGGUCAAAUGGAGUUUCUAAUUUAGAUUUUUUGGAGGAAUUUCCAUAGUGGUUUACUACUUCAUAUUCCCACCAACAGUGUAAAAGGGUUCCUUUUCCCUAUAGCCUUGUCGGCAUUUGUUAUUUGAUUUUUUUUUAAUAAUAGGCAUCUUUCCCGAGUAAGGUGGAAUCUCAGUGUUGUUGUUCUCUGCAUUUCUCUAAUGGCCAGAGAUGUUGAACAUUUUUAGUUAUUUAUU